GUGGCAUUUUGGUCAUUGCAGAUCCAAGGUCGUCAAUUUGCGCGUGGAGCGAGGGGAAAUUGCAAGCACACAAGAUAACCAAAAGGCGGAGCCAAAGGUUGAGGCGAGGGCAUAAGAGCGCUGAAGCUUCUCGAAACCGUAGACCGCGCGCCCCCUCGCCCUCCGGCCUUCCUCGCCCGAUCCGAUCCAAGAUGCAUAAACUGGGGAGAGGAAGCCGUGACAAGGUGCAGCAGUUCAUGGCCAUAACUGGCGCGAGUGAGAAGGCUGCGCUUCAGGCUCUAAAAGCUAGUGAUUGGCAUUUGGAAGGAGCUUUUGAUGUUUUCUAUAGCCAACCACAAGUUGCUGUUGCUAAUACUCGCCAUCUUGAAGAACUUUACAACAGAUACAAAGAACCAGAUGCUGAUAUGAUAAUGGUGGAGGGCAUAUCACAGUUUUGCAAUGAUUUGCAGGUGGAUCCUCAGGAUAUUGUUAUGCUUGUCAUAUCAUGGCAUAUGAAAGCUUCCACAAUGUGCGAAUUCACUCGGCAGGAGUUCAUUGGUGGACUGCAGUCAAUUGGAGUGGAUUCAAUAGAGAAGCUCCGUGGAAAGUUACCUUCAUUACGAGCUGAGCUAAAAGAUAAUCAGAAAUUUCGUGAAAUAUACAACUUCGCGUUCACCUGGGCAAGGGAAAAGGGUCAAAAAUCUCUCUCAAUGGAGACUGCUAUUGGCAUGUGGCAGUUGCUAUUUGCUGAAAGGAACUGGCCGCUCAUUGAUCACUGGUGCCAGUUUCUGCAGGUAAGGCAUAAUAAAGCAAUCUCCAGGGAUACAUGGGCUCAGUUAUUGGAAUUUGUGAAGACAAUUGAUCCUCAGCUAACCAACUAUGAUGAAGAAGGUGCUUGGCCCUAUCUUAUAGACGAGUUUGUGGAGUACCUGAAGGACAAUGUGGCUGUCCAGCAUAGAAAGUGAACAGAACAGGGCGAGUCAUUUUAGAUGUGAUUGGGCUGUAGGGACAGAAUUCAUCACCCACCAUCUUUGUAAAACUUAAUGGUUGGAUGUUUGCAUUCAUUGCACAGUUGGUUGCUAAAGCAGCACUCAUCACCAGUUGCUGGAGCUUACCCUCUGAAACAAAAGAUGUAUUGCCAUGUAGUGAAUUUGCUGCAACGAAGUCCUGAAUGGAAUUGAAACCCUGGUUACUGCCA